CUUUCGCCAAUCAAUACGAAAAAUUUUUACAUUUUCUAUUAUGUUCUGCGCGCUAUGUGUUGGAUGUCUGCCAUGGCCAAAUGUUCUUCUUAGGUAUCAAUGUGUUCGGAAAAAUUUUUCGUUUAGAGUAAGUUUACAGCAAAUAUUCGAUGAGCGCCUCUCUUGGUACCAGGGCUAUUCAAGAAAUUCUCAAUUUGUGCGCUCGUCAACGGCGGCCUUUUACUGAGCAAUCCCUCGAAUUGUUUUUCUUCGGUUCCAAUUUGUACCCGUUUCCACCAUAUCCUGUAAUAGACGCUGUACAAGGCCAGAAAAAAAUUCCGCGAACUUAUUAUCACAGAUCAAGUCUCCCUUGCGGUCAACUACGCCAACGAAUAUAAAAUAGAGUCUGUAUUGAAAAACAUCCAUAAAGAAUGCUUCAGAUCAAAUUCAAGCCGAGUCGCUAUCACAUGGAUUAACAAAGACGCUUUUGAAUACUGCGAUCCAGAACCUAGUUUAAGAGAAUGUACCUUGGCACAACUCCCAUACAUCCCUGAUAUCAAUGAUUUGAGGGUGAAAGACACUCGUACCAAAGAAAAACUAAAAAUGAUUGCCAGGCUGGCCAAUUCUUCUGAGACCGUUAUCAAUUCAUGCGAGCCAAGUGCAAAAGGGCAGCUCUUAUUCGAUCUGCUAAUCAAAUACAUAAAUAAAACUCACUGUGUUCGAUUAGAUGAUGAAAACAUAAAAAGAUGUUGGCAUUCUAUCGAAUUGAGUGCGCCUUUCGUACUCACGAAGGAACUACAAAAAAACUCAGUUUUUAGCCACUAUGUAGAAAAAGGAUUAUACUACCAUCAUCAUAACUGGUGUAGUAUCCUAAAUUAUACCAAGCUUCUGACAAUCCAGUAUGGUGCUACACAUAGAAACCUCUAUUACUUCUCAGCCACGUGCAUACAAAUACUUAAACAAGUCUCCAUUAUUCAACUCGCCAUCUCAGAGUUUACCCCCCUCAGCUAUUACCAGCUCGUGUGCAUGGCGAACAUAAACAACGUGAAAAUUCCUCUGAGUCUCAAUUGGAAUUACUCACAACAACAAUCCCUGCACCCCGUUGACGUAAAUGCCUCACAACCAAAACACAGCGGCAAUCUCUCAUUCCACCACCCUAUGCCGCCUGCCCUAAACUCCCCUUACUUGUCCACCUCAAAAGUAGACCAAGCGUUUCUCCAAGCCAUCGGCCAGCAAGUAACUGUCAUGUCAAAAACCAUCAACACAUCCAACGUCUCACCACCGCCUCUUUAUAACCUAAUCAAUCUUAUGUGUGAUGUCUUACAAUCAGAAGAAAAACUUACUCAUCAUCAGAUAUUUAAUGCUAUAAAAGACCUCUUUUAUCAAUACCGCCUCAUCUCCAACCCAUUCACUAACUCAACCCUACCGCCAAAGUACCCUCCAGAGAACUUCUUCAAUUUUUAUUCGGAAUGCGCCAAGUUAUAUUUACCACCAAAUGCCCAACCUUCAUUCGACUCUUUUCUCUCUCGUCUCUCCAACACUCAACCACUUCAUCUCUCCCAUGGCAUCAUCCCACUCAAAAAAUCUGCUCCCGUCCUCAGUGCUGUUCAUAAAGUCAUAUACCGAUUCAUUCUCCGCAGUUUUCUCUCCGCUUUUAUGCCAGAUGCCACCUAUGACACCAUAGACGUACAUUUUGAAAACCAAGGACGUUUGCUCAGCGCAUCUGCCACCAUCUGCACUAACCCUGGCUGGACUAUAACUUCUUCUAUUUUAUCCCUCAACCAGGUAGUAGUUAAGCCCAUUAAAAAAAAUCAAAAUCACCCCUAUUUAACCCCACUCGAUUUUGAACAACAUUCUGUACCUCAUGAAACACAAAAACUCUAUUUUGACAAUUUAAACGCCCUUCGCGUUGGGCAACUCGUCUGCGUCGACUCACCCUUACUAUUCCACCGACCUCUUCAGCCGCCACAACAUCACACCGCGGCAUCACUUCUCAAGCACCUGCAAACCAUGUUCGUAGACAACAUACCAGAUAAUUACGCAUAUUGCACUUAUGAAUGGGUGACUGUUAUACAAAGAAUGACUAUAAGAAAACUAAUCUCGGGUCAAAAUGCCAUCAUUCUCCCCCUUCGAGGCUUGAUUAUGCUCAAACUUACUCUAAAAAUCCCUGUGUUUCAAGAGCCCUUCGUUAAUUCUGUUGAUGGCUACCAUCGUUUUCAACGGCUCAUUUUGCAAGAUCUCCAAAAAAGAAUUGCACUCUCUCCUUAUGCUAUCUUUGUCAUAGCUAUAGAUUGUCUAAAUGUUCAUAUAAGUCCAAGUUUUAAAGAAAAACAUGAAGAUUCAACUCUCUCAGAUCUUGUCUGUCCAAACUGUCACCUUUCUCGAACUAUUCAGCGAAUCAAUACCUUCAUGUUCUGCACAUCACUACUAUGCAAUGUUGUUGUACCUCAAUUCAUCCUCGGCCAUCAACUAACUAUUCAAGAUUUAAAAGAUAUUUUAAACUUCAAACCUGUCAAAAUCGUCUCACCUUUAUUGAGUGAUUCUCCGACGUUCAAACUAGACCCUUCGACCUAUAUCAUCUAUCGAUUUGUAGAGCCGGGCAAGCCGCUGAUUCCCUGUCAUAAACUGGAUAUUUCCAUUCCUGAUCCGCUAAAUAGGUCUUACAAAAAACUGAUGGAAUCUAAGUACUUCAGACGAUACAUAUCUUACGAAUUAUAACUACAAAUAAACUGAACAUGCAUUCAUCGUGCAUCUGCCAUACAAAAAAAUAAUCUAUACAUAAAAAUGUCGUCAAGGGUGCAAAGAAUCAAUACGCCAUGGUCGAAAUUCAAAACUGCCGGCAAGGAGAGGUGCACGCCUCUUAAACCCCAUUCUACGACAGAUGGUUUCCUUCAUCGGGGCUCCAAAACUCAAAAAUUAAAAGAGGAUCCGGCCAUGCUAUUCAUCCCGCUCUCUCCAGAUACAACUUUGCAGUAGUAAAAAAAUCGCGAGAAAUGAAAUCUGUCGAGGACAGAUUGUUUCUUUGAGCAUUUUAGACUUUUUUUG